AUGUUGAUUUUAUACUUCAUUUAUCAAUUUGUAAAUUGUUAUUAGGAAAUAACAAUUUAAAAUACUAAGGGACUAAAAUAAUUAAAUUUAGAAUUCUAAAAAGAAGAAACUAUAGUUUUUGAAGCGAAAUUUAAUUAAUUUCAAGUAAGCAUACUGUUGAUUUGUGACUAAGCUCCUGACUUUAAGGAAUUUGAGCAGAUUUAUAAUGAUGAAAAGUAUUAUCAUUUAUAUGAAGCUUUGGAUGUAUAAGCGAUUGGAAUGCGUUUGAUUUUUCUGAAAACUCUUAAAAUUUAAUGCUAAUUCGAAAUUCAACUUAGAAUCUUAAUUCAUAUUCUCAAAAUGUGAAAUAUACUAAUAGGAAUUCUAUUUAUAUAGGAAUAUUUUCCUAAAAGUAUGAUAUCAUAACUACAUACGUUUAUAAUAAAUAAUCUAACGAUUGUAUAAUGUAAUUUUCUUAAUUAUUACAUAGGAAUUGCAAGUAUGAUGGAAUAUGCAAAUCAAACAGUUGUCAAUGUAAAGAAGGGUAUUUUGGUUAUGAUUGUAAAUACUAAGGUUCGAAUAUUUUAAAUGAAGAAUAUUUAAUGAGAUUAAACUAUUAUUAUGUAGAUUUAGAAUAAUUCAAGGAUUCUAAUUUUUCUAUAAAGUUUAAAAAGAAUGGUAAAUAUAGUUAUUAAUGUCUUUCAAUAAAUCCAUAUUUAAAAUAGACUAAUAUAGUUGAUAGAGAUAGUAUUUUGAUAUCAACAGAACAAAUUAAUAAAUGUUUACAAUAAGUAUAAUAAUUGGGAGUAUCCAAAUAUUACAUUAUUUAAGUUUAUUAAGAAGACUUGCUUUACAUUCUAAAAUAGGAAAGUGAAAACUCAAAUGAUCAAAAAACAAUAUUAAUUGCUAUUUUAUCUACUUGUCUCUCAAUAUUAUGUUGCAUAUUCUUUUGUAUUUUCCGUUGUUAUAAGUCUAACAGGAUAAUAUAAAACGCAAAUUUAAAUUAAAAUAGAAUAUUAAUAAAUUUAUAAACUAAUAAAGCAAAUCCUAAUUUUACUUAAGAAAUAGCUUCAUUAAUUCCAUCAAUAGAAUAUUAAGCUAUUUUUAAGAAAUAUCCUUAAAUAAGAGAUUAUAAAGAAUGUGCAAUUUGUUUGGAUAAUUUUAAACAAGAAUAGAUAGUUCGAGUAACAUAUUGCUAACAUGUUUUUCACAUCAAAUGUUUAGAUGCUUGGAUGAAAAAGAAUUAAGUAAGAAAGUUGAAUAUAAAAGAAUUGUCCAAUAUGUAGAUCUGUUUAAGAUAGAAAUACAAUUAAGUUAUAAGAAAAACUAUAAACUGUCAUCUCUUAAAAUACUGAAUUUAACCCAGAUACUUUAACUUCAAAGUAACCGAUUUCAAGAUUAUAUGGAGAAACUCCGAUGUUAACCAAUAAUCGAUCAGUUGGAUCUUCAAAACUUAUAUAGAGUAAUAUAUGA